AUGGUACGGAAGCCAGCAGAUGGAAUGAUAAUAUCUUUGACAGUAUUAAGGACUGUGAAUACUGUUAGAUUCGACCUUUCUCAGGUGGUGCCUGGUAGCGCUGAUGAUGCAGUAAGGGGGUUUGUGGAUGCUGAUUUUGAUGUAUGGAUACCGGACGACGAGUCCAGCAUAAAGCCACUUCGUGGGCGUCGGGUUCCGCGUGCAUGUAUAAAUCGGCGGUCUCUGAGGAGGAGUGACUUUGCGCGUACGCAGAGAUGGUUCAAGCAAAAUCAAUCUAGAUGUGCGAAGAAUAAUAUAUCGGGUGAAUGGUCGUCGACUGCGACCAGCGUUCCAUUAAGUGAUCAGGAACGCUAUUGGAAAGGUGCAUUUGAGGAACCUUCGGUGAGACAUCAGCGUAGAGCACAACCGGUGUGUGAAGCGAAUUGGAACCUUGUGCAGCCUGUUACAUCUGCUGAAUUGAGUGAUAACUUAAACAUGCUAAAUGAUAGUGCUCCCGGUCCCGACGGGAUGCGGUUGAAGGAUCUGCGAGGGAUUCCAUUUGAGAGAUUCAACCUUUGGUUAUGGACAGGUUAUCAGCCACAGCGAUGUAGAGUCGGGGAAACGGUGUGUAUCUCCAAGGUGAGAGGUACGAUGUAG